ACGAACAGGAGGGGAGCUCGUGCUGCUUGUUGCGUGGGGAGGGGGGGAAAACCUCUGUUGGACUUGAUUUGGGACGAGAAUAGCCUACACAUUUUCCCCACCUGACAUGUCUUCAUAGCUUAUAAUUAAGGCUACAAAGUGCUGUUUUGUUUGAAACAAACUUGUUAACCCUAAGCGUCCUUCCCGCCGCUUGGUUUUUUUUAAUGUGUUUCAUGUGUUUGCGCUCCACAGUGAGGUAGACUUAUGCAGGGAACAUUUCACGCGACUGUCGGCGUGUCUUUUAUCCCGUGGAUGCUGCUGUCGGGGUCGGUGUCUGAGCCCUGCAGGACCAGCCUGUCAUAGGGGCAUCAUGAAUUUUUCGGUUUUUCACAAGUGGAUGAGGCAUAUUUCCCCGGAGAUGCUGCUGCUGGUGCAGAUAUUGUGGCUUUUACCUCUGACCGGAGCGGCUCCAUCUCAGACGACCGAGCAGCUGGACACAGGGGUGGACUGGCUGAGCAAGUUUGGCUACCUCCCGCCCCCCGACCCUGCGACUGGUCAGCUUCAGACCAAAGAGGCCCUGACCAAUGCCAUCAAAGCCAUGCAGAAGUUUGGAGGGCUGAAGGAGACCGGGGUCUUUGACCAAGCCACUCUAGGCCUUAUGAAAACACCCAGAUGUUCUCUGCCAGAUGUGUCUGAUGGAGAGCGGACAAUGGGCCGAAGGAAACGAAGCCUGACUCCUUCGAACAAAUGGAGUAAGAGACAUCUAUCCUGGAGAGUGCGGACCUUCCCUAAGGAUUCAGCCUUACUGGGUAGGGACACUGUUCGAGCCCUGAUGUACUACGCUUUGAAGGUCUGGAGCGACAUCGCACCACUUAACUUCCACGAGGUGGCAGGAAGUGACGCCGACAUUCAAAUCGACUUCACAAAGGCCGACCACGAUGAUGGAUAUCCCUUUGACGGGCCGGGGGGCACCGUGGCACACGCAUUUUUCCCCGGAGAGAGGUUCACAGCUGGGGAUACGCACUUUGAUGAUGACGAGGCCUGGACCUUCAGAUCUCCAGACUCUCAUGGGAUGGAUCUGUUUGCGGUUGCGGUCCAUGAGUUCGGUCAUGCCAUCGGCCUUGUCCACACAUCAGCCAUGGAGUCCAUCAUGAGGCCGUACUACCAGGGUCCAGUGGGAGACCCUCUGAAGUACGACCUACCCUAUGAAGACAAGGUCCGCGUCUGGCAGCUCUACGGUGUCAGAGACUCAGUGUCCCAUACUAACCGACCAGGCAACCCAUCCCAGACAGCUGAGCCUCCUGUUCUACUAGACCUUCCUGAAAACAGAUCGACUUUCCUGCUGGCGCGAGAUGCCCCCGACAGAUGCACCAGCCACUUUGAUGCAGUGGCCCAGAUUCGAGGGGAGGCCUUCUUUUUCAAAGGAAAAUACUUUUGGCGACUAACUCGAGAGAAGCACCUGGUGUCUCUGCGUCCGGCUCAGAUCCAUCGCUUCUGGAGGGGCCUCCCAAUCAACCUGGACAGUGUGGACGCUGUGUACGAGAGGCCAGGGGACCACAAAAUCGUUUUUUUUAAAGGUCUGAAGUACUGGGUGUUUAAAGAUAAUAUCGUAGAGGAGGGUUACCCUCGUCCAAUCAGUGACUUCGGCCUCCCCUCGGACGGUGUGGACGCAGCUUUUGUUUGGCUCCACAACGACAAAACCUACUUCUUCAAGGACAACCAGUACUGGCGCUACGACGACCACCUGAGGCGCAUGGAUCUGGGAUAUCCUAAAGACAGCACGCUGUGGAAGGGGCUGCCGUCUCAGCUGGACGACGCCAUGAGGUGGUCUGAUGGCUCGUCCUACUUCUUCAAGGGGAAGGAGUACUGGCGAGUGCCGGGCAGUGACAUGGAGGUGGAGGCAGGAUUCCCCCGCCUCAUCGCCAAAGACUGGCUCCUGUGCACAGAGAUGCAGUCGGACUCUCCGGACACAGAGCCCAAAAGUACGGAGACAAGAGGCAACGCGCACCAACACCCGGACCACGCAGAGAACGGGUACGAGGUGUGCUCCUGCACCUCGGACACUGCCUCGCCUUUAGGUGCCCGCCCCUCCCCCUCUCCCCUGUGGCUGCUGCCACCUCUCUGGACGCUCUCGCUGGCCCUCCGCUCUGAACUGCUAUGAUGCCAAAGCAGGGGACAAAGCUCCUGAGCCGAUUGGUGGAGGGCUAGAGGACUCUCAGUGGGAGCCAAACUGGAACACUUUUACACUUUGGUAUCUUUUUGUGCUCAUUUUGCUGUUAUUUAUUUUACAUGUCAUUUGGUUGGCACUGCCAACUAGAGUAUCAUCCUUAUAAGCAUCUUUACACUCACACUGCUUUACAGAGUUCUUAUUGAAUGCUCACACUGCCUCCUUCUCUACAGGGAAAUACUGUAAGAAAUGGAAUAGAUUCAAAGAGCACCAACAGUUAUUUGUUUUGUGACAGGUUUACAGAAACAGUGACUCAAAUCCAGAGGAGUUAAACAGAUGUAAGCAGGUAGAAAGAGGAAACACACAGUAACCCAUUUUACAUCACAUCAGAGGAUACGUUCACCAAAUGUUUUUAAAGAUAACCAGAAAACAUCUUUUCACUCCUCACCUGAUAUCCAGCCCUCACGCCAGUAAAGAAAAAAAUAUUUCUACUUUUCUACACAUGUCCAAUUUGAAAUCCAAUUUUUAAAAUCUCAACAUAAGUGUUUUUUUUGCAAAACCAUUUUCAGUGUUUCUCUUAAUUAUCUGCAGUAUUCAGAGGGAUUCUUUUCCUGUGUUUUAAAGUAGACCUGAUGAAAACGGUUUACAACAAAGUGUGUAGAUGAUCCAGAAUAACAUGGACACUGAUUUUGAAAAGACUUUAAAUUUGAAGUUUUAAAGCAUUUCUUUCCACUCGCACUGCCCACACACACACACACACACACACACACACACACACACACACACACACACACACACACACACACACAUCCAUCCAUGCUCGUGGACUUGACAGUUAGCUUGUGAUAUGUUUGAAUGUUUUGGCUCCUGCUCUUUGCAGGAGGAGUCUAAACUUCAGUGAGAGCUGUGAGGGCGGACGUGGAGCUGGAUUGUCAGUUUUCUUGCAUAAAUCCCUCAGUUUGACUCUGACGUGAGAACCUGCAGCUUCUGUUGUUGUUGUUUGUAUUUCCACUCGUUCACAUUCACUCUGGGUUUUUGAAGCAUUCCUUGCUUUUUGUUUUGUUGGAACUUUUGGAUCCACUUCCGAUAAGGUUAUAUUCCUGUUUUUUUCCUACACUGCAGGUCAUAGAGUUUUAAGAGCCUUUUUUGCUGCUGGACAUUUCUUUAAUCGUCCCUAGCUUCUAUUGAAGACAAGAGUCUUAACAUGGCUCUUGAUUUAUUCUUGCUGUAAAGAUAUAUUUACUUAUAGACUGAUAUAUUUGAGUUGAAAAGUUCUGCAGUUAUUGCAGUACCAAGUGGACUGUGUAUAUUUUAAGCCGUGUUUUCUAAUGUAAAAUAUUUUUGUAAAAAAAAAAAAAAAAUUAAAGAAAUCUGAAUGA